AUGAGACGGCACUUCCUAGCGCGGUUUUACGGUAACGAGAAAGUAAAUCCGGAGGUACAAAUCCGUAACCUCGAAGACUUCCUUUCAGUUGCUCCGCAUAUAAUCCCAAGCCAGAAAUUUCUCAACGAGCCAAUUAUUCACGAGGCCGGGGAAAUAAGCGGCAUCAUUGACUGGGAGCGCACUUCAAUCCUUCCUCUCUUUAUUCAAGCGAAGAUUCCAAGGUACUUUGAGAACUAUGGAGAUGAAGACUCGGAGAAUUUUAAAUUCCCUGCAUUAAGGGAGGACUUUAACUCGCUUCCUGACGAUCAGAAAGAGUUGGAAAAAGAAAUCUAUCGAAGGAGACAAACUCACUACUAUUACCUUGGCUUUACCAGUCGCUAUAAUUUGAACCACUUUCGCACGAUAGGAAGCUACAGCGGUAUGAUGCGGAGCCGGUUAUAUGAUGUCGUCAAUCGCCACUGGGAAGGUGAUAACACAACGCUUAAGGCAACCCUCGUACAGAUGUCUUCCUACUGGCCGAGAAUUGCAGCUGCUGAUAUGAAAGAUGCACAGUACCCCCUGAAAUAUUCACCAGAAGAGGCUAAACAAUGCCUUAACAUAGAUGCAGAACAAAAGACCGCAAAUACUCAUAUGCAAGAUCUUAGAGAUGCUAUUGGGAUCAACAUGGAUGGCUGGGUACCAAGCGAAAUGUACGAGGAAGCAACAGAGCGAAUGGCUCAUGUAAAAGCGCAUCUGCUAGAGAUUGCUGAGACGGAAGAAGAUCGGGAAGACAUUUUGCAGAAAUGGCCAUUCCAGGAUCAUGAAGAGAUAGAUUAG